AUGUUGGAUCUCCAUGGCCGACCUUUGAAGGGGUUCCAGAUCAACACGUCAUGGGAGCUCAUUCACGCUAUUCGCCCCGUAACGGAGAACGACGAAGCUUUAGUUCCCGGUUGGGUUGGUAUUCAGGGAUAUCAUCGCAUUGUGAAAUCUGCGCAACUGGGUUCAAAUGACGAUAUUGUGGCGAUUUCCGGGGACUUUGAGAUAUGUACACGUGAAUCUGUCAGCGCUGACGAGUGUUGA